UUAAAGAUUGUAUCUCUUUGGGCAUCCGCGGUGUCUUGUAACUCUGUAGAGUAUUUCCCUAGGUUACCGUGGUCGUCAACUAUGGCCACAACGCAGCGCUCGUGCACUGCCACCGCCCGGGCGGGCACUACCGCAAGCCUGGUCGCUGCCCGGCCAAUUGCUCAUCAUCUUUGCUUCCAGCGCCAUGUUGCCCGCACGGCUGGCCGGCAGCAGCGCGCCGUGGCUGGCCGCGCGAUGCCCCAGAUCGUUGCCGCUGCUGCUGUCGACGCUGUUGUUGAGGAGCCCAAAAAGCUGCCCCUUGGCUUCCAUCGUUACGAGACCAUGAUGAUUUUGAAGCCGUCUCUCAGCGACGAGGAGAGGGACCGGGAGCUGGCUAAGUUCGAGGCGUACCUGAACAAGCAGGAGUGCUAUGAGAUCAAUGCCCUUGUGAGGGGGCGGAGCAAACUGGCGUACCCUAUUAAGAAGGAAUGGGAGGGGAUUUACGUCCUUUACUCUUACGUUGCCAGCCGCCAGACCGGCCGUGCUGUUCAGCUGCUCCUAUCAAACCCGGAGGCCGGUGCGGAGGACACGGUGCUGCGGCAUAUUACUCUGUGCAAGCAGUAACGAGGUUGGCAUGGAUAAUGUGGAAUGAAGGCGUUACAUAGUAUGGACAUACCACCUAUUUCUGGAAAUCGGGUUUUGACAUGACCGAUCGUGCAGGUGGCAGUAGAAGUGGGUGGCAAAGGAGAAGGCGUAGAUCGGAUUUGUGUAAGUGGUGCAGUCGAUCGUUAGGAUUUGCGAUGCUGCAUUCUUGUCCGAGAUGAAGGGUCUUGUAUUUGCUGGCUUGGUAAUACAAGCGGUUUUUUGGCAGCUACAGUUGUCCUGGUUUUUUUCCUUGUUGCUAUCGUCUCGAGGUGGGGUGUCUUUCGGCAGCGUGGAUUGUGUGUCCGCCCCUUCGUCGACAUAGUGUCGAGAGCUUGUAAACCCUUGGUCGUGUUUA